CCUGACAUGCGCAGUAAUGAAAUAGCUUUGACAUGGCCGCCGCGACAAAGCGUUAGUUGGCAACGGCUUAUGCAGAACAUUUCUUAAGAGACAUAAAUGUAAAUCGAGUCUUUAAACACAAUGGCUGAAGCAGAUCAACUAACCUUGGCAAAGAUCAAUUACUAUUGCCGGGAAGGAUACUAUGGACAUAUGGAAACUGCUGCAACAGAUGGGCUUCAUCGUUAUGGCAAUGACCCAGUUCUCAAAUUCUUUGCAGCUUUUGCAAAAAUCAUGCAGGAUCGAGUCCAAGAGGGAAUCAGAGAGCUGGACAUCUUGAAGGACAAACGUGAUGUUAACCUUUGCUCCAUUAUGGCACUUAUGUUUGCUCACAAGAAAAGCCCAAAUGUUGAUCGAGAAGCAAUUCAAGUUUUGGAUGCAAAACUAAAAGAAGAAAGGAAACAGGCUGGAGAAUUGGGCUUGUAUUUUGCGGGACUGUUUCUUUUCCUUAAUGGCAAACAUGACAAGGCACGAGAGUACAUAGAUCGCAUGUUGAAGAUUGCACCUUCAUCUGUAGAGGGUCUGACAGUAAAGGGCUGGGUGGAGUUGAUGAGUGGACGAGAGGCCAAGAAGGCUAUUCGCUUUUUUGAAGAUGCACUGAAGGAUGGAUCACGUAACAUUGAUGCACUGUUUGGCAAGGCCAAAUUUUUUGAGCUGAAACACAACUACAGUGGAGCUCUGGAGCUGGUGAACCAGGUGGUGGUGAACUACCAGAACUUCUUGCCUGCAUUUGUGGAAAAGAUGAAGCUACAGUUGGCACUUCAGGACUGGGACAACACUCUUGAGGCAGCUCAGAGAGCUCUGGAUAUCAACAUGCACUGCGUAGAGGCAAUGGUUUAUCAGAUAUUGCAGAUGCUUUGCAGAGAGGGAAAUUUUGCUGAGAUUUCAAGCAGGAUUGGAGACCUGUUGACAGCACUUGAUCGCUAUGAACCAAAGAGUGGUUCUCUCUACUGCCACAUGGGUCAGGUAUUCUCUAGACUGUCAGGAAGAAAUUCUUUGGUUCUUCAGUUAACUCGAACACUAGUUGAACGUGCAGUCAGCAUAGACAGCAACAAUGCUGAUUUUGUCAAUGAGCUUGGUGUGCAGCUGGUGAUGGCUGGAAAGACAAAGGAUGCAAUGAAAUGCUUUCGCAGUGCCAUGAAGUUGGAUGAGACAAGUGUGCUUGCACUGACAGGGAUCAUCAGAUGUCAACUCCUGGAUGAUCAGCUGGAUGAGGCGGCUCAGCAACUAGAAUUUCUAAAUGAAAUCCAGCAAAGUCUGGGACGUCCAGCUGAACUUGCAUACUUGACUGCAGUACUGGCAUCAAAGAAAGGCAAGGGACCUGAAAAGGUUAUGGAGUUUCUGGAUGAAGCAAUAGAACACCAUUUUAUGGGAUUAAAGGGUCUGCCACUUGGAAUUCAGUACCUUGUAUUGCUGAAUCCAGACUUUUUAUUGCAAAUUGUCAAAACCUUACUGCAAUUUGCUCCUCAAGUGCCAAUACAGAAAGGGCAGCCUGUAAAUCCUGUACUGAAGAAGUGUUACAUGGUACUGGAUCCCCUCACUCGGAGUGUACCAGGACUAAUGGAAGGCCUAUUUCUCAUCACAAAGGUGAAAUAUCUUUCAGGUGACAUUGAAUCAGCUCAAAGCACCUUGCAGCACUGUCUUGACCAAGAUGCAACUUUCUCAGAUGCCCAUAUUUUGAUGGCACAGAUUCAUUUGCAUCAGAAUAACUUCAAACAGGCUAACCAGUCUCUGGAGGUUGGGCUUAGCUACAAUUUUGAGGUUCGUGAUCACCCCCUGUAUUAUUUGAUCAGUGCUCGCAUCCUCAAGAAACAAGGUGACAUCAAGGAGGCUGCUCAGAUGUUGAAGCAGGCAAUGGCAUUGCCAGGCAUUAAGUCCUCAGUGAAAUCAGCUGGCAAGAAAGGAGGCAAGGUGUCAGAUAUUUCUGUCAACGACCGAGUGUCUGUGUUCUUGGAGUUGGCUGAGGCGCAUCGUAUGCUGGAUGAACAGCAUGAAGCAGCCAAAGUAAUGCAGGAUGCUAUCAACGAGUUUCAAGGCACUCCAGAGGAAGUGCGCAUCCUGAUUGCCAAUGCUGACCUUUCCCUGGCUCGUGGCGAUGUGGAGAUGGCUCUAGGCAUGCUCAGAAACAUCCAGCCAGAUCAGCCCUACUUUGUAGAAGCACGUGAAAAGAUGGCAGAAAUCUACCUUCAUCAUCGAAAGGACAAAAAGCUGUAUGCAAGCUGCUACAGAGAGCUUGUGGAUAAGUAUCCCAGUCCUCAUACUUGCCUGUUGUUGGGUGAUGCCUACAUGAGCAUACAAGAGCCAGAGAAAGCCAUAGAGGUGUAUGAGACUGCACUGAAGCGGAAUCCAAAAGAUGCAGCAUUGGCAACCAAGAUCGGGCAGGCACUUGUCAAAACACACAACUAUGGCAAGGCCAUAAACUACUAUGAAGCAUCUCUCAAGUCAGGGGGACAAGUUUCCCUGAGACAUGACCUUGCUGAGCUGUUGCUACGACUUCGGCAGUAUGACAAAGCAGAGAAGGUUUUGAAGCAAGCUCUGGAGGCAGAAGGGCAAGAUUUAGAGACAUUGAUGGAACACACAAAGUACCUGCUUCUUCUGGCCCGAGUAUACCAGCGUGUUGAUCGUAUGGAUGAAGCCCAUGAAAUGUUGACAAAAGCCAGAGACAUGCAAGCAAGGGUGCUCAAGAGAGUUCAAGUUGAUCAGCCUGAUGUGUUGCCUGCUCAGAAGCAACUUGCAGCAGACAUUUGCAGCCAGCUUGCCGAACAUUCCAUCAACAAACGCAAUUUUGAGCAAGCCAUUCGCUUCUACAAGGAUGCUUUGGUCUACAAUGAAAAUGACAGCAAGGUGAUGCUGUCACUGGCAGGUCUGUACCUGUCAACAGAGGACCUGGAUGCAUGUCAGCACCAGCUUAUGACUUUGCUGAAGGGAGAUAAGGAGAAUGACUCAGCUACUAUUAUGCUUGCAGACCUUCUUUUCCGCAGGAAUGAGUAUGACACAGCUAUGUAUCACUUUCAACAACUUCUGCAAAAGAAGUCUGACAACUAUGAAGCUUUAGCAAGGCUGGUGGAUCUGAUGCGGCGUGCUGGCAAACUAGAGGAGGUUCCUCGAUUUCUUGAGAUGGCUCAGGCUGCAUCCCCUAGGGCACAGAUGGAAGCAGGCUUCAGCUACUGCAAGGGCUUGUAUGAGUGGUACACAGGCAAUCCUACUGCAGCUCUUAAACUGUUUAACAAAGCACGGAAAGAUUCCGAUUGGGGUCACUUGUCCAUUUACAACAUGAUAGAGAUCUGCCUUAACCCUGACAAUGAGACAAUAGGUGGAGAAGUCUUUGAGUCUGUAGAAGGGAGUGGAAGUCAGCCUGUGGACAAGGACAAGACAGAUAGUGACAUGAUGGCUGUACGCACAGCAGAAAAGCUUCUGAAAGAAGUGAAACCCAAGCCAGGAGACAUUCGACCACGACUUUUAGAAAACAUGGCGCUCAUUGCUACCAAACAGAAGCAGAAUGUAGAGCGCGCAUUGUCAGCCUUUAUGGAGAUCUGUUCCAGUGAGGGUCAACGUGAACAUAUUGGUGCUUUGUAUGGGAUGGCAGCUGCCUACAUGGUGCUGAAACAGACACCACGUGCCAGAAACCAGCUGAAACGUGUUGCAAAAAGCAGCUGGACAAUUCAGGAUGCUGAAGAUCUAGAAAAGAGCUGGUUGUUAUUAGCAGACAUUUAUAUUCAGUCUGGAAAAUAUGAUAUGGCCACUGAACUGCUAAAACGUUGUCUGCAGUAUAACAAGUCAAGCUGUAAGGCCUAUGAGUAUCUGGGAUUCAUCAUGGAGAAAGAACAGUCUUACAAAGAUGCAGCUAGUAACUAUGAAAAUGCCUGGAAAUAUGGCAACAAAAACAAUCCUGUGAUUGGCUACAAGCUGGCUUUCAACUACAUGAAGGCCAAGAGAUAUGUUGAUGCUAUUGAUAUAUGUCAUCAUGUUUUGACAGCACACCCUAACUACCCUAAGAUCAAGAAGGACAUUUUGGAAAAAGCACGAAGCAGCCUGCGAAUGUGAACUCAAGAACAUGUAGAUAUGUUAGGCACUUGAGCUUAUAAUUUAUAAGGACAUUUUCACCACUGCAGGCUUGUGAAAUACUGUGUGAAUUUUUUUUUUUGGUAAGCAGAUUGAGAUGCAAGCAGCAAGCUUUGAGUACCUUACAGAACUUUAUCAAGGUUUAUGAAAGUAUAUUUUGUGCUAUUACAACAUAUGAAGAGCAUCCUUCCUAAAUAAUUCUUUCUGGACCUUAUCUCAGUUUCUUGUUGGAAUAUCUUGUGAUAUUUUUCCUCUUGGCAAUUCUUCUGAUUGUUAGUUUGGUCAAAAGCAAAAGAAUGAAGAGAUGUAACUAUUAUAUAUACCUAUACAACAUAUCAAGAAAGGGACUGCACAGGGUUUAAGAUGAUUAGGUAUCUGACAGUGACAUAGGAAUCAGAGAAGCAAGGGAGGCCCUAAAAAAAAAAAUACUGAGGAGGCAAGAAUGUGAGUAUGGAGUUUGCUCACCCUCCUCCCCCUUCAAAGCUGAGCAUUGUCCUAUGCCACUGCUUUAGUGGAAAUCCUGUUAUCCUCAUGUGGCAUUCACGUGUCUGGGUGUUAAAAUAUUUUGUCACACAUUGAUCAAUCCAUAUUUUAAUCAUCAGCCAGAAGCUGCAUAUGCACUGUGUGAUUUGUAAGUGGAGGAUCAUUCCAGUUUAUUAUUAUAAGAAGUAACAUUUACCUGUUUCUUACAGUGUGCAUCCUCUAAGGAGAUGGAAAUUGUUAUUCUCAUUUUUGUUGCAUGUCUGUGUGUGUAUGCAUGCAUGUCUUUAUGUGUGUACACAUAAAUGUGUCAGGCACAUAGAAAUCUAUGGGCAUGUUGACACAAUGUGAGACACAUGAUCAUCACAAUUAAUGGAAAUUUGGGGAAAUAAUUUGUAGGCAUGAUAUAUAAAUACAUAAAGGACA